AUGCUCGACUUUGGAAUCGUUGUUGGUAACACAUGCUUGUCGAAUCAGUCCAAAUCAGCUACCAAUACAAAAGGACCAAGAUCGAAGAAGGCUUCAGUGUCCAAGAAACAGUCCAAGCACAAACGGCGUGAGAAAGGAAAAUCCGAGCUAGACAACCCAAAAUAUGCGUCUAUUGACUUCAUGCUUGAGAUGGUGGAUAAGGCAUCCAACAAGGUGGAAAUGAAGGAAGCUGAGAAACUGGCUAGAAGGGAGAAGAUUGAAAAGAUGAUCGAAGAAAAGGAAAGCAAACGAGAUAAAAAGAAAGAGGAGAGGAAAGAGAAGCUUGAACACGCGAAGCAGCAGCUAAAGCAAAAGAAAAGGAAGAAUGCCGAUGAUAAGAAGGAAAGGCAAAAACAAGAGCAGGCUACCAAGGAAACAAAGCCCAAGAGCAAAAAGCGAGUACGCUUCUCAUAG